GCCAAUGAUAAGUCUGUUUAUUGAAUGGGCGCAAAAAUCUGUUGUCUAUGUACACCGGUAUACCUUGAGCGAGUUAACCUCAGGUAUAACACGCUUUAAGUUUCAUGAACGUGACUGAGCUGGAAUCUAGCAAGGGGGACGAGUGGAGCGCGAGCCUCCGGAGACGCGUCGUAUGUUGUGUCUCGUGCAAUGCUAAAGAAACUGCCCGCCGCCACUUCAUGAAUUCAGCUCGAAUUGUUAGCCAGCUAUCACUUUAGCUCAGCGUCUUGUAAACAAUGUCCGGUCUACCACAAAAUAACUUGAAGGAACAGUUAGCGAGGCACAGCAAUGCUGCUCAAAGCAAGCCGUCUGUGGCUAAAGCGAAACCGGGGGCUUUUUCUUUCAAAAAGAAGUCAUCAUCAGGUACAACGAAGGUGGAAGUCCCUACCAAGGUAAUCAGCUCAAAUGUUUUGGCAAACAGGAAUGUCAAUGUCCCCAAGAGCAGUUUGGUGACUAAAUCUCCUUUGACAUUUUCAAACAAGCUUGAGAGACCUCAAAAAUCCAAAAUCAACAACUUCUUCUCUGUAAAUUCAAAAUGCAAGUCAGAUUCCACUGGGCCAGCAGAAAACUCUUCUCCUGCAUGCCGAACCCCUUCUGUGGUGUCUGGUACUAAGGUGACUUCAGCUCCAGCUAAUUCUGACAGCCAGUCUUGUAGCCCUAAUUUAAUCAAUUUCACAAGUCUGGAUGCCUCUCAUAGUUUUCCAGUGGACGACUGGGAUGAUUUAGAUGACUUUGAAACACCCGCCAAAGAGAAAAAUAAUUCAUUCAGUUCAGAAUUAUCAAAGAAGAGCAGCAAAUUCCUGUCAUCUCCAACUGAAGAAAAAGCAGAAUCUACAGCAACACUAAAUUAUGAUUCCUCAGUUAUAGCAUCAAAAUUAAGCAUCAAGAAUAGCGAACAAUCUCAUAUGGAAACAGAUGAGCUAGAGCACACCGCUGCGGUUUCACCAGGCCCCAAUUUGAACCUGGAACCAGCAGACUGGUCAGAUGAGGAGGAUCUUCCUAUUAAAAUGAACAGAAAACAUCCUGCCCAGUUAAAGCCUGUCAUGAGUGACAGUGAAGAGGAGGAUAUUGCAGAGCUGGAACCUUUCAAAGCGAGCACAGACAACAAGAAAAAAUGGAUUGACUCAAAGACAAUAGAGAUCGAUGACAACUCGGAGCCUGAAAAUGACCUUGAUUACAUUCCACCUUCACCCUUCCCUCAUCAGAUGUCUUACACAGCCUCUAAGCUGGAGACAAGAACUAAAUCAGUUGAUGGUCAUAUUAGAGGCAGUCCAGUGAAAUCAAAGAGCCCCAUCACAACACUGCAUGAACCGUCCAAGCUCUGCUCAAAAGACAAAACAAGUGAACAACUUUUCACGAUCACGGAGUCCAUUUGUGCUCUGGUUGACUCCAUCCCUGAACAUGAGCUAAUUGCUCUGUCCUGUGGAGAAGAACUUUUACUGAAGCGGGCACAGAGGAAGAGGAUUCUUGCAACUGGUGGUGACUCUUUGUUUAGGAUGCAGCAGCCAGACAGCACAGUGAUUUCUGAACCCAGCUUUAAAGAAACCUCCUCUUCAAGCUGCGGUGCGUUGUCCAGCAGCUCUGUGCCUGUGGACUCCAAGAAGCCUCCUCAGCUCAGAAGAUCUUCAGUCAUCUUUGUGGACUAUGACUCCGAUCACUCUGACAGUGUUAUUGAUUUAAAGCCUUUGGAUAAAAAGGACAGCAGUAUAAUAUGCAUGGAAACUAACAGCAUAGAUCUUGGUGGCUCAGACCUCUUCUUCUCAUCCAAGAAGUCAGAAACUGAUGUGCAGAAGAAAUCGAACACCCCAACGAUUACAGCUGCAGAAGAUGUAGAAACAGAUGACUUCUACAUUGACGACUUUGAUAUAGAUGACUUUAAUGACUCUGAUAUCCCUGAUUACUUUGAUGAACCACAAACAUCAUCAGUUGUGACUACAGCAGUGAAAGAAGGGGGGCCAAGCAAGUCCUUAUGGCAGAAGAAACCAACGACACCUACUUCUGCUCCAAAACCUUCAACGAUUUGUUCUCCAGAACCCACCUUCAAAAACCCAGCUCAUGAUCGCUUCAGAGGCUUCAACUUCCCCCAUUCUCAAGAGAUGAUGAAGAUCUUUCACAAGCGUUUUGGACUUCAUCAGUUCAGAUUUAAUCAACUAGAAGCUAUUAAUGCUACACUACUGAGCGAAGAUGCAUUUGUUUUAAUGCCUACAGGUGGAGGGAAAAGCUUGUGCUACCAGCUGCCUGCCUGUGUCUCACCGGGGGUCACUGUGGUGGUUUCCCCACUCAAAUCACUCAUUGUAGAUCAGAUCCAGAAACUCACCACCCUGGAUAUUCCAGCAACAAGUUUGUCUGGUGAUAAAAGUGAUAGCGAAGCAUCAAGGAUUUAUAUGCAGCUCUCAAGGAAGGAUCCCAUUAUUAAACUGCUCUAUGUCACACCAGAAAAGGUGAGUGCGAGUAGCAGGUUAAUCUCCGCCCUGCAGAACCUGUACGAGCGAGGCCUCCUGACCCGGUUUGUCAUAGAUGAGGCCCAUUGUGUCAGUCAAUGGGGCCACGAUUUCCGCCCGGACUACAAGAAGCUGCAUGAACUGCGUCAGAAGUUCCCCAAUGUGCCGAUGAUGGCUCUGACAGCCACAGCCACCCCCCGAGUGCAGAAAGAUAUCCUCAACCAGCUAAACAUGACUCGACCCCAAGUGUUUACGAUGAGCUUCAACAGAACAAACCUGAAGUACUCAGUGCUGCCCAAGAAGCCUAAAAAGGUUGAUGAGGACUGCAUCAGCUGGAUCAAGAAGCACUACCCACGUGACUCUGGCAUCGUGUACUGCCUGUCUCGUAACGACUGCGAUGCCAUGGCCGAGAGUCUGCAGAGAGCAGGGAUAUUGGCGCUGUCAUAUCAUGCAGGACUCAGUGACGGUGACAGAGAAUAUGUGCAGACCAAAUGGAUCAAUCAGGAUGGUUGCCAGGUCAUCUGUGCCACCAUAGCCUUUGGCAUGGGCAUUGACAAGCCUGAUGUGCGCUAUGUGAUCCAUGCUAGUCUGCCUAAAUCAAUGGAAGGGUACUACCAGGAGUCAGGGAGAGCUGGCAGGGAUGGAGAGAUCUCUCACUGCAUUCUCUUCUACUCCUACACUGAUGUGCAUCGCAUCAAGAGGAUUAUCAGCAUGGACAGAGAAGGGGACAGGCACACCAAGGCAACUCACUACAACAACCUGCACAGCAUGGUGCACUUCUGUGAGAAUGUGAUGGAGUGCAGAAGAAUUCAGCUGCUCGCAUACUUUGGAGAGCUGAAGUUUAACAGAGGUUUCUGCAAGGAACAUCCAGAUGUCAGCUGCGACAACUGUGCCAAACCCAACCAAUACAAAAUGAGAAACGUGACUGAAGAUGUGAAAAAGAUCGUGAGGUUUGUCCAGGAGAACUGUGAGAAAGUCGGAGCAAGAUUUGGCAAGACUGCUAACCAAAACCGACUGACCCUGAACAUGCUCGUGGAUAUCUUCAUAGGAUCAAAAACUGCAAAGGUACAGACAGGAAUGUUUGGCUUUGGAGCAGGCUACUCCAGGCAUAAUGCUGACCGUCUUUUUAAAAAGCUGGUUCUGGAUAAUGUCCUGGUUGAGGACCUCUACAUCACCAAUGGUGGCCAAGCAGUGUCUUAUAUCUCUGCUGGAACAAAAGCCGUGAAUGUGCUGUCUGGACACAUGCAGGUGGAGUUUUAUGAGACGGAGAGCGCAUCCACCAUCAGGAAGCAUAAAGCUGCCGUGGCCAACAAUGUCUCCCAGAGAGAGGAGAAGGUGCAGGAGUGUCUGAAGGAGCUUUUGGAUUUGUGCAAGCAGCUGGGGAAAGCAUUUGGCAUUCACUAUUAUAACAUCUUCUCCACUGCCACAUUGAAAAAGAUAGCUGAAAAGCUUUCUUCUGACCCUGAAGUCCUCCUGCAAAUUGAUGGUGUAACAGAGGACAAACUGGAGAAGUAUGGAGCCGAAGUCAUUCAGGUCCUACAGAAAUACUCUGAGUGGCAGCUACCUGAGGAACAGGCUGACAGUGGGGGAGAUGGGUGGAUAGACACAGCACGAGGCCGCACAGGUGGAAAUGAUGAGGAUGACACGGAGUCCUCCACCUACUUCCGUAAUAAGCCUGCGCAGGGACAGAAGAGAAAGAAGGCUCCAUUCUUCAAGUAUUCUAAGAAGAAAAAAGGAUGUGGCAACACAAGCUCCAAUUCUAAAGGCCGUGGCUACAGCAGCAAUAAAUCCUGGUCAUCAUCCAGCGUUAGGGGUGGAGGUGGAGGUCAAGGGUUCAGGAGCUCAGCAGGCGAUGCAUCCGCAACCAAGAGACCAGGAUUACUGGCAGCCCCGGUGCCUCAAAGCAGCCAGCGUCCGUUCUUAAAGCCAGUCUUUUCACACUUGAGCUAGGACUGUUUUCUCCAGCACCUGACUUUGAUGGGGUUGAAAACCAAUUUUAUAAAUCACCUUAAUGUGUUCACUGCUGCUGCUUAUUGGAACAGUUAAAACUGUGUAUUUCAGUUAUAUACAGUUAUUGCAUGUUUAUUGUUGUACAUUUUUAAUAGAACACUGUGAGUGGAAAUGGUCGCGGUUCUUUUUUUAUAUGCUUAUUUGAUAAUAAAGAUCAGUUUAAUUUA